GGGCAGGCGCCAUCUUGAGAGAUGCGGUUGGAAACCAAGGAGACGGCGGGCGCGCGUGCUGGAGCGCGAGUGCGACUGUGCCCGCGGGGCCGGGGCCAUUGAGCUGUCUUCACACCGGCGCCAGGCUCUUGCAUAAAAUGAUUGAAUCAACUCAGUUGCGGCAGCGGGGGCCUUUGGAUUUUGAAUCGCAUUAUGAACAUUUGUGUGCUCUCCAUGACCUAGUUCCUUUAAAAGCAGUGAAGACUAACUUAAAUCGAGGUGUCCUGGAUAUUAAUGGUGAUAGGAUCAAGCUAUCUGAGUGGACACCAAUUUUCAGUUCCAUCAGUAUUAACAAGCAUUUAGCUUUUCUUGCAAUUAGGAGUUACUACCAGCCUGGUCUUGGAGAAACAGAGAGAUACAGCACCAAAACGGGCUUUUUGAAAACGUGUGCAGCUAUCCGUUCAAAAGGCUGUACACUUCAACUCUGUGGGUCGAUUAGAGACUGUAUGAUUGCUUCCAGUGCUUUAAAGUCCUUAGAGCUGCAAGGAUUACCUUUGAGGCAUGGUGAUCUCAUAGUAUUAACAAAGGGCUUAUCCAAGACAAAAUCUCUGCAGAACAUUUCAUUAGCUUAUUGCCCUAUAGGAGAUGAAGGGCUGGAAAUAAUUUGCAAGAGUUUGAAGAAUUCUGCAACAAUUAAAACGGUUAACUUCACAGGCUGCAAUCUUACAUGGUGUGGUGCAGAGCAUAUGACCAAAGUUAUUAAGUACCAAGCAACAAAAAGGCACAGUGAGGUUUGGGCAGAAAGUCUUCGUUACAGGCAUCCCGAUUUAGAUUGUAUGACUGGUUUGCGUCGUAUUACCAUGAAUUGUAACACGCUAAUUGGUGAUACUGGAGCUAUUGCUUUUGCAGAAGCCCUCAAAGAUGACCUCUGGCUGAAAGCACUUGAUUUACAGCAGUGUGGCAUUUCUAAUGAGAGCCAAGCUUUGCUCAAUAGCUUGCAGUCCAGUACAACAUUAAUUGUUUUGGAUGUUCGAAAAAAACCCAUUAUAGAUCGGUCCUUAAUAAAAUCCAUUAUUGAAAGAAUAUUGCUGAAUGGAAAUGGAAUGAACUCUGAGUACAAAUGGCUGACUUCUAAAGAACCUUCUAAACAAAAGCAAAGAAGGAAAACUAUAAUGCUGGGACAUGGUUUGAAAGGAAAAGCAACAAUUCGUAUAGGUACAAGGAAGAUUGGAGAGAAUAAGAGUGCUGCUGUCUCUUCAGAUUUUAUCCCAGAGCCAAUGCGACCAGGUGCAGAAGGGUAUGUGCCUUGGCGUACUGCAGCACGUGCAAAUCGAUUCAGGGGUAUUCAUAAGGAUUCAUCACUUCAAAAUAAAGUGAUUCAGGCUAGCAGUCCAGUGAAGGUAACAUUGGAGAGUGCAUCAUCUUCAGAUACUGAUGAAACGAUCUAUACUCCUGAGCAACUGUUGCAAAUGAGGACUGUGGGAGAUUCAUCUGAAGCAAUCUCAUUGAAGCAAUAUAAACGCUUAAAGGUGGAACUGGAGGAAUGCCAUUUAAGACUGGAGGAAGAAAUGAGAGCUCGUACAAAAGCUGAUGCUCGAUUAAUGGAGCUUGAGGUUGAGAAUACUCAGCUUCGGAACAUCAAUGUAUCACUGUCUGAUGCUCUGCAUACACAAUCAAUAACGGGUACCAUUCUUGAGGAUGAAGGUGUGCUUGAAAGCAUUGAAGCUUCUUUUCGGAAAUUUCAUGCCUUCUUAGAUCUCUUAAAAGAUGCUGGUCUUGGGCAGUUGGCUGCUAUUGCUGGAAUAGACCAGUCAGACUUUGGUUCUCUGGGACAACCUCAGUUGUCAUCUACAGUUGGAAAUAAUAAAACAAAAGAUAUCAUACAUCCAGAGGCACCACAAGCCACACAGCUUCAUGCUGCAGAUCAAGCCUUUUCGAAGCAUUCUGAAUCUGAAGUGAUCCCCAACACAGCCACAAGUCUGUCCAUUCAUCUAACAAAUCAAUCAGCUGACCUCAACCACAAAAAUUUACAAUUUGUUCACUCAAACUGUGAGAGAGAAUCUGGAGGUAAGUUUCAGAAUUUAGAAGAAGUAAUUGGACAUAGUGAUAAAACAGGCAAGCAACUUUCCUUGAGGAUGAGUGGUCAACUACAAGAACAAGUAAUGGCUCAGUUUUCAGGAAAAUUGCUGGAUCAUUCAGAAGAUGAUGGGUCCACUGGUUCAGGCACAUGUGACGCACACAGUGAGAGGAAUCCUAACAGCAGAAAAUCGAAAGAUGUUGUGAAGAAAAAUAAAAAACAAAGCCUUACUGUAUUUGGUACUGAUGGCUCUUUGAUGCCAAUGAGAGGGAAUAAACAUGAACAAAUAACUAACAAUGAAGAAUUUUUAAAAUGUGAAUUAAAAACAAAUAACACUGAAAAUUUCCAUUCCAUUGAAUCACACAAUAAGGCAGAUGGGGAUUUUUAAAAGUUAUUCUUGUACUUUGCCACUUUUUGAAAGUGGGUGAUGUAUUUAAGACAUUUAUUGGUCUGAUCAAUUUUUUGACAUUUAUAUAGUGGCUGAUAAGAUCAAAAUCAAUCCUUAAAUUUGCAGGCCUAUCAACUUGCGUGAAGAAGCAACUUAUUGUAAACAAGUACAAGCACCUGACACAAGGGCUAAAAUUUCUUCACCUGUGUCUGGCCUAAAUGUUAUCUUCGGAAUAGCAUUAAAUGAAAAUAUCGGAAGAACAAUUGAAAGUGGGCUGAUGGCCUCGUAUUAAAGCUUUCAAAAAGAACUGAUUUUAAAUUUCCCACUUUCCCAACAGCAGUUAAUUGGCAUAAUAUGUUUUGUGGAGUUAAAGAAAAGCUGGCAGUAACUUAAGAUCAUUACCUAACCCUUCUGUGUCUUGUGCCUUCCCACCUUUUAGAAUUCUUUCCCUGAGAAAAUUUAGGCGAGGGUGGUGGAUGGUGAGAUCAACAGAAUUGAGUCCCAUGGUGAACUCUGCUUCACCAGACAAUCCACAAUAAUACACCAUUACUCUGGGUCCAGGAUUUUAUUUUACUUUCCACAGUAAACAUGUACAUGUUACAUAACAAGAUACAUUUAAUAAUUACUAAAUAUAUUAUAAAUUUUGAACAUGUAUUCAAACUCCUUCAUAAUUUCCUCCCUUCUGCCUCAUUAUCCCGUGUCGAGCAGAAGCUACGUCUCCAUCUGCCCAGAACCCAGGAUGUUGCAUUAUUAGUGUAUGUUAAUGUGUUGGCAAAGAAAGAUUGACCACUUGUAUGUUGUUUCUUUUACUUUCCUGCCCCUCCUGUCCUAUCAUUCUCAUCCCUUGAACUUGAAUUACAGCAGGGAAGAAAAAUUGAAUAAAGGAGGGAAUUCAGACAUGUAAACAUCAUAUCUACUCAAUUCAUUUCUUUCCAUUUUCCUGGGAAAUUGCAAUGGAAACAACUUUUAUAUGUGCAUAUCAGUUUUAUAAUUCAUGUGAGAUAUUGCAAAUCACAAUGGAAUUAAAACACUGAAUAUUUUCUGGAAGAAGUUUUAUAUAAAAACUAAAUGAUCAAUUGGUUAGAUUACUCUAGCUUGAUAUCAAAAGAGUGUAGUAUCAAAUUAUAUCAUAAAAUACUAAUUCUGCUCAAAACAAGUGAAUUUAUUUUCCAUUUUUUAAUGUUUACUUAAUCACUGUAAAUAAAAUUUGUCAGAACUAAAAUUAAACAUAAUAAGCAUGGUUCUUUAUUUUCAAGAUAUUAACCUAUUUCUGAGAACAUAUAUUUGCAAAUAUUGAUACUGAGUUUUAGUGAAGAUAUGGCUGUGUGUUCCUUGGAGUCACCACCUGCUACAAUUUGUCAAUGUAUGGUUUUGGAGUGAAUUGCUGAAUAGACAAAAACUAUUGACUGUGUCUUUAUUCUCAAGUUUGGUUGCAGACUGCCAAUCAAAUUGUCAAUGGUAGCACAGGGUUUAAAAGCAAAAAUGCCCAUUGGCUGUGAUUAAAACCCUCCAGUAAAGAGCCUGCUAAUAUUGUAGUUUGUAUUUGUCUGUUCAUUUGUCACCUCUUAAUUCAACUCGAAAUGCAAGCUGGUUUAUAAUAUAACACAGAAUUAAUUUUAACCUGCUUUGUGAGUGUGAUUUUAUUCAUGCUUCAGAUACUUUGAGAAGGAAGAAAAUAGCAUUUAUUGAUUUGAAGUUUCUACUUCAGUUAACUGAGCAUUCCAAAAUUCAACACGUGCUUUGUUUUAACUAAACAGAAUAUAAUUUUUUAUCUAAUACUGAUCCUCCCCAGCUUAUGAAUGCCUGACUUGUAUACAGACCAUACAUAUCCCAACAAGUGUUUGGGAGACUGGUGGGAUGGGUUUGCCAGCUACUGUGGGGCUGUAGGCAUCUUCUGUUGUGUGGGAACUCUUCUCGGCUGCAUUUCCAACUUGCGAACAGUUUGGGUUACGAACAAUUCACAGCAAUGGAACCCUGCUGUAACCUGGGGAGGACUUGUAAGGGAGUAUUUAACACCAAUGGUUAACAAACAAAUGAGUUUGAUUUACCCUUAGUAAAUUGAUCUUCUGCAUUUAUGCAGUGGUAAUUUCCAUCUCAUCCACUGUAACUUCAGUAGUUAUGAUAAACAUGGUAUACUUUGCUAAUUUAAAAGACUGUUGUGAAUUUUAGUUACUGGUUUACCAUCAUGUCUAAUAAUAUGUCUUAACUUUGAAGGACAUGGCAGAUAU